AUGACGAGUAAUACAACAACAAAUGUAUCGAUCGAGUCACAAUUAGAUUGUGCACUAGAUUUAAUGAGACGGCUACCACCACAACAAGUGGAAAAGAAUCUUUCGGAUCUUAUUGAUCUUGUACCCGAUUUAACUGAAGAACUUCUAGCUGCUGUUGAUCAACCUCUUAAAGUUGUUCGUGAUCGAACUGUUGGAAAAGAUUAUCUAUUAUGUGAUUAUAAUCGUGAUGGCGAUUCAUAUCGAUCACCCUGGACCAAUACAUAUUCGCCACCGUUUGAUGGAAAUCUUCCAUCGGAUCGUCUUCGUCAAUUAGAAAUUGAAGCUAAUCAAGCAUUUGAACAAUAUCGUGAAAUGUAUUUUGAAGGUGGUGUUUCAUCAGUUUAUUUUUGGGAUCUUGAAAAUGGUUUUGCUGGUGUUAUACUUAUAAAAAAAGUUGGUGAUGGUAGUAAAAAAAUAAAAGGUUGCUGGGAUUCGAUACAUGUUGUCGAAGUACAAGAGAAACAAAGUGGUCGUUCAGCACACUAUAAACUAACAUCAACAGUGAUGCUUUGGCUACAAACACAUAAAACAAUGUCAGGCAUGAUGAAUUUAGGUGGAAGCCUACAACGUCAACUCGAAUCCGAUCAUCAAAUAACAGAUUUCUCUCAACAUAUUAUUAAUAUUGGUAAAAUGGUUGAAGAAAUGGAGAAUAAAAUUCGACAAACACUUAAUUCUAUUUAUUUUGGAAAAACAAAAGAUAUUUUAAAUAGUUUACGUAAUUCGGAAAAUAAUCAAGGUCGUAUUCGUUUACAACAAGCUAAUUUUACAGGUGAAUUACAAUCAGCACUUAAUCGUACGCGACCAGUUGAAUAA